AGAUCUUAACCGAGCUUAUCAGCAGGUGGUGAUGUCAGAGUCGUCAAAACGCUACCUCACGCUGAACACGCACAAGGGGCUGUUCAUUGUAAACAGACUUCCUUUUGGAAUCUCGUCAGCACCCGGAAUUUUUCAAAGAAUAAUGGACACCAUGCUGAAAGGUUUGAGCGGCGUUUGUUGUUAUCUAGAUGACAUUUUAGUCACGGGCAAGACUACGGAAGAACACAUGGCCAACCUUGAAGCAGUGUUGAAGCGUCUACUUGAACGAGGAGUUCGAGUCAAGAAAGAAAAAUGUUCGUUUUUUCAGCCUGAACUUCGCUAUCUAGGUCACAGGAUCAGCGCUGACGGCAUCUCGACGUCGUCUGACAAGGUGGAGGCGGUGCUCCAGGCUCCCGAGCCCAAGACAAAGCAGCAGCUCCAGUCUUUUUUGGGUGUCGUCAAUUACUACGCCAAGUUCGUGCCCCAUCUUGCAACGACAGCCCAACCGUUUUACAGAUUGCUGCGCAAGGACGAGCCAUGGUGUUGGGACCAGCUUUGCCACGAAGCCUUCAACACCAUCAAGGCCGAGCUGGCGUCGCCUCCCACCUUGGCCCACUACGACCCCGACAAACCGCUAAAGCUAGCGUGUGACGCCUCUCAGUACGGGGUAGGUGCUGUAAUUUUUCACGUUUACGCAGAUGGCAGCGCUAAACCCAUCGCUUACGCUUCGCGUACGCUAUCAAACGCUGAAAAAGGGUACAGUCAGCUCGAGAAAGAGGCACUAGCCAUUAUUUUUGGAGUUAAGAAAUUCCACUCGUAUCUUUAUGGUCGGCUCUUCACUUUGGUCACGGACCACAAACCACUCCAGACCAUUUUAGGUUCGAAAACUGGAAUUCCAACCAUUGCCGCUGCGCGAUUGCAGCGUUGGGCAGUCGCAUUGUCGGCCUACACCUACGAUCUUAUCUUCAAGAGAUCAAGCGAGAAUGCCGAAGCAGAUUUUUGCUCGCGUCUUCCACUACCGACCGUUGGAAACGAGACUAAAGAAAAUGAGGAAUCAUUCUACUCAUUGCGACUGCAAUCACUGCCGGUAUCUAGUAGUGAUAUAGCACGUGCAACAGCGCGAGAUCCAGUUUUGUGCCAAGUGAAAGAAUUCACAAGCGCAGGCUGGCCUGCGUCUGUCUCUGACGAGAAACUAAAGCCUUUCUUCGACAGACGCAACGAGUUGACCAUUCAUCAGGGCUGCAUCAUGCUCGGAAUGCGAGUUGUUGUCCCAGGGAAACUGCAAUCCCUGCUGCUGGAUGAACUUCACGAAGGCCAUCCGGGUAUUGUGCGCAGCAAGGAGCUCGCGCGCAGUUACGUUUGGUGGCCGGGGAUCGAGGCGGACCUGGAGCGCAGCGUAAAGAACUGCGUAAGUUGUCAAGAGCAACGUAGUGCGCCUGCCAAGGCACCCCUCCAUCCGUGGUCAUGGCCCACAACGCCGUGGCAACGUGUUCACAUAGACUUUGCUGGACCUUUUCUUCAGUCUAUGUUCCUUGUUGUGGUAGAUGCCCACUCCAAGUGGCCAGAAGUAUUCAUGAUGCGCUCAACCACGACGGAGAGCACGAUUAACACUUUGAGAGAACUUUUUUCUCGUUUUGGCAACCCUGAAACUAUCGUGUCAGACAAUGGUCCUCAGUUCACGUCACGGGAGUUUAAACGGUUCACACAGGAAAUUGGCUCUCGUCACGUCCUGACAGCUCCCUACCAUCCAAGUUCAAAUGGUUUAGCCGAACGCUUUGUACAGACCCUCAAGAACGCCCUCCGUAAAAACAAGGAGAGUGCGCCAUUGCAUGUGAAGUUGCAGACGUUUCUGCAGAGCUACCGCAACACGGCUCACGCCACAACGAACGAGUCACCCGCCAAUUUGUUUUUGGGGCGACGUUUGCGCAGUCGCCUAGACGUUGUAAAGCCUUCUGUGGGGGAAAGGGUAGCCCGCAAACAGUUCAUGCAGACUGCAAGCCGGCGUGGGCACGAUCGUGACUUUGCCGUUGGUGAUCAUGUGCUCAUCCGUAACUACUGUGGCAAACCCAAGUGGGUGCCUGGAGUGAUUCUUGCGCAGCAUGGCCCUGUUUCCUACCAAGUACGCGCCACCACCUCCAGAGGCAGCUUCACCUGGCGUCGGCACAAGGACCAGCUGCUAAGAACUCCAAGCCUUGCCGACGAGGACGCUGACCAGGAAGGCACAGAGUUCUUGUUGGUUCAACCGAGCGACAACGCACCCCAACCAUCGUCCUCGUCACCUACUGGCGGAACUGUCCCAGCCGAAGCAGCACAAGCGCCUGCUGCCCGACGGUAUCCGGCAAGAACCCGGAAACCUCCCGAAAGAUUUCAAGCCGGAUCUUAACCUUUUUGAGCGUGUUCAAAUAAAGAGGGAGGAAAUGUCAUGUCUGGGCGCGCGCCGCCGAUAACAGAAUAUCGUAGUACGGCGCAUGCGCCACUAAAAGAUAAAAAGCGGUGCUCCGCUGGCUACCGCCUUCUUUUGCUCAGUUACACCACAUCCAUGAGCAUGGUGGAAUAAACCUGUCCUUUCGCCUUUGGA